UCGGUGUCAUGUCCCGUCUUGCCAGUAAGAGUCCAUGGCAAAACAGUUUCAUGCGGUCGACAGUGCGUCAUUUGUUUUUCCAGUUCGGCGCAUUGUUUCCCUUUCCUUGUUAGUUCACGAGAUCAUUUCAUUUUUCGCCGUGCAGCGUGAUGGCUGUUCCUUCGUUUCAUAGUUGGUAACAGUUUUGUCUUUUGUUACCUGCGUCUAAGUCAGGAUAGAGUCGGGUUCCAUAACAAAGUGGGCUGUUCUUUGAAAAGCCGAGUAACAAUCGACGUUUCAAAGAACACUGCACGAUGGAGUGAGAGAGUGUGGUAACGUUAUUACUCAUUAUAUUUCAAAUUUUACCCAGAUAUUAUUUCGUCAGCGGGAAAAACAUCGUGUUUACCUGUGGUAAGGUAAUUCCACGAACGAGCUAUUAAGUGUGAGUGAGGAGUGGGUGUUUGAGGAAAGGAUAAUUUUUAGUUUUCGUCAGACUGGUUCGUGGAUAGAAGUCAGUAUUGCGUUUCACGAUUUUUGAUAUCACAGGAAGGACAAAGUGUGAUUAUUACGUUGUAAAGUCGUACAUAAUGUGAGCUGUAUCGUCUGUCAGAAAACCUCAAAUUUGGAGUUUGCAUCGUCCAAGAAUCCGUGGUGAGACAAGGUGACGCUCGGGGACUGUCACGAAGGAGAGAGGUCAUUGUCCAGCGAAGAAUUCGAUCAGUGUCUCAGCUGGCUUUUAUAUUUUUCUGCUGUCAAAAUGACGGGCAGGCGCUGUUAAAAUAAUUUGUUUUGUUGUUCGCUGUUUUCAAGCAAAGAAAAAGUUCUGUGACACUACAUAGUUGCAACAGCGACGGUAGCGUAAUGCACGGAUAUCAGGAAUGGGAAAACUGCUUCUUAUAAACUGUUACGAACAUCGAAGUGUCUCUGCAACGAGCUGUGUGAAGAAUCCGCAAGCUUUUCAUCAUGAUUGACCCAUAUUCGACUGACGUCCUGUGGGUUGUCAUCGUCGGUUUCAUAAUAGCCUUCAUAUUGGCAUUUGGCAUUGGAGCUAACAGCGUUCCGAACUCAUUUGCUACUUCGGUCGGAUCAAAAGUGCUCACUCUCAGGCAGGCAUGCUGUUUGGGAACGGUGUGUGAAAUCGCUGGAUCCGUUCUGCUAGGUUACAAAGUGUCGGGAACAGUGCGUAAAGGUGUUUUGCAGUUGACGGUUUACGAAGGUGCUGAGUUGGAGCUUAUGCUCGGAAUGUUCGCAGUCCUGAUUUCCAGCUCUGUGUUGCUGCUCAUUGCAAUAUUCCUGAAGCUUCCUGUAUCAGCCACUCACGGCAUCGUCGGUGCCACUCUUGGUUUCUCUCUGGUUUGCCGCGGGAAUGACGGCAUCAACUGGGGAGUCCUUGGAUUGAUUGUGGGAUCUUGGUUCCUGUCGCCGGUGCUGUCUGGUGUGAUAUCGGUGUCGCUGUUUGCUCUGGUUCGUCACUUCAUCCUCAACGCGCCUAAUCCCAUAGUACGAGGUUUGCUGAGUCUGCCCAUCAUCUAUGGUGUGACUGUCUUCAUCAACGUGUUCUCCAUCUUCCUUGACGGUCCGACAUUGCUGUAUUUUGAUCGAAUCCCUUGGUGGGCCACAUUGAUCAUCAGCUUGUGCUGUGGAGCAGUGACUAUGCUGACUGUGCAGCUCGUGCUCGUGCCGUUCAUGAAGCGGAAGCUCGGUGGUCAGUCAGGUUCAACGCAAAAGACGAGAGAUGACGAGUACAAAGUCGACUCGUCCUGCACCGAGGUCAAUGGGACACUGACAGGGAUCAUUGACAAUAUGGUACCACCCGCUGUUAAGAUGGUACCAUUUGCUGUUAACUCUGAGGGCCCACAGACGACAAACAGCAAUGAGGAAACUGAACCUCCCGGGGCUGUGGCAAAACACGGACAGGACAACCUAGCUUUCAGUCUCUCCUCUGAUAAUGGCACAGGACAGCCAACCUCAGAGGAUAAAGCAGCCCCACCUGAACUCUUCUCAUUCCUGCAGAUUCUUGCUGCCACAUUUUCUUCAUUUGCACGUGGUGGAAAUGACGUCAGUAACGCCAUUGGCCCAGUGAUUGCGCUGUGGCUGAUCUACACCGAAGGAUCUGUGCAGCAGAAGGAGGAGACUCCGAUCUACAUUUUAUUUUAUGGAGGUAUUGGCAUGUCUGUUGGUCUGUGGGUGUAUGGUCAGAGAGUGAUGAAGACCAUAGGUGAGGACCUCACGAAGAUCGCGGCUUCCACAGGGUUCACGAUAGAGAUUGGGGCCGCACUUACCGUCUUACUGGCUUCAAAGAUUGGUAUGCCCAUCAGCACCACGCACUGCUUGGUCGGAUCCGUCGUGUUCGUUGGCUGGGCCAAUGCCACGAAGGAAGGGGUCGACUGGAAACUAUUCAGGAAUAUUGUUGUUGCGUGGUUGGUAACAGUGCCAGUAUCUGGUUUACUCAGUGCUGCAGUAAUUGCAAUACUAAGAGAGGUGGCACUGUGAAAUGUCAGUGGUCGUGGAGGGAGAUCUCCAUGCAUUCUAAGUGCUGACACAGUUUGCGGGGAAAAUAUGUGCUUCAGUUACUGACUGUGAUGCAUCUCUGGGCAAGAAGGCCCUAGUAUCCUCAUGGCUGGUCCAUUGGAGACAAAUAAACGUCCAGCAUCGAAGCCUAGCUGAUUUGUUUUAAUCAGCCUCUUUGUUGACUGAGCUGUAUUAGUACUAAUUACUGUGAUUAAGAAUGCCAUAUAAGUUAGAUAUUUGUUACAGAUUGAAUUAUACUUUAUAUGAUUUGUCUGUACAUUUAUUUCCUUCACACUUUUAUGAAGUGUGUUUUUAAUAAUGCUCAAUAAUGUGUUAUGGAUAGUUGUAAGCUUUCAGGCCACAGACUGAUAAUCGAGGAUUAAUGAUUUUUAAAAAAUUAUAACGCACUUGCUUUGUGUAUCAGAUUACUGCGCUUAAAUUUACUUAUCCUUCAUGAUAACAGAGGUCAUGCGAAUGUAGGAUGAGAAUGCUUUUCUAAGAUGUAACAGUGGUUUAUACAUCGUGUAUCCAUUUUGUUUAGUGCUUUUUCUUCAUAAUGUGUUCUUGCCAGUCUGUAAUGUGGGCAUGAAUGUAAAGUAGAAGUUGAAGAGUGCACUUUGUAUGCACUUCCUUUAAGAUGGCUCUGAUUUGAGGGAAUGAAUUUGUUAGAGAGAGUACCAUUUUAAGUGCAAGAAUACUGCACAGUCUGUAUGUGGUGUAAUGAAAUGAUAUUUGGGUUAUUGCGCAGUGUAUCUGCUUACUCUGUAAAUUCUGGUUUUUAUUAAUAGUUGCUUUAAACCUGAAACAGUAAUGGUUAAGGCAUAGUGAACUGUAAUUUUGUCUGUAGUUUUAUUGAUUGUUAAAGAUCUCAUCUGUACUCUGAUGGUAGAACAUAAAUAGCAAUGUUUGAAA